AUGAACAAUAAGGAUAAGCUUAUUAAAAGAAAUUUUCAGCCGAAAAUUUUGGCCCAAUAUGAGAGGAUAUUUAAUAAAACAAGUGAUGAAAUAUUAGAAGAUCAAUUUUUUAAAGAUCUAUAUAUUUUAAGGAGUGAUUUGAGAGAAUUAGAGUCUAUUCUUGAAGAAUUAUCACCAGAUGAUCUUCUUAAAUUACAGAAUAAUAUAAGAAAUUUAUUUAAAAAGGGAGUUUUAAUUAUGAAAGAUAUGGAUCCAUUAAGAAUAGAAAAUGCGCUUGAUACUCUUAAAGUAUUUUUACGUAUAAUUCUUCAGAAGAAAUACAAUAAUUUCACAUCGGACGUUGUUCAUAUAAUUUCAGGUCUUGAUAAUAUUGACAAAAUUUUUAUGGAUUUUGUUAUAUCUUUAGAAACAUUGAUUCAAAAAGAGACAAGUGUUAUACUUAGAACGAAAGCAUUGAGCCUUUCUUUAUGUACUGUAUGUCAUGGAUUUAACUCGAAUAUUAUAUCAUAUUUCCAGUAUAGGGAUUUUUUUCCUUCAAUUAUAAAGUAUAUUACUGAUCCUAGUACUUUUUCAACAGCUUUUUUGGCAUUUCUUUUUCUUGGGGUUUUAGCUAAUAACAAAAAAUUUGAAUCUCAAAAUCUUUAUCAAACACGGCUAAGCGAUUUUGUUGAUAACAAUGCUAUGCAACUAAUCAUUGAUAUUAUUUCAAGAAUUUGUAUUGAAUGUAAAAACGAAUAUAUAUAUCUACAAAACAAUGAAUCAGAUAAUAUCUGGAAUAUUACAAAUUUACUAACAUAUUUCAACGAUAUAUUCUUUACCUCAAAUAAUCAUAAAUCAGCAUCAUUAGAUACUACUAUUAUUCUUUCGGAAAAUGGGUUUUCUAAACUGCCGAGUUGCAAAGCUGCUAUAUUGCUGCCUAUAUAUGAUUUCAUAAAUGUAAAUAAGGCAUUUUGUUAUAUAUUUAUUACUUUCAAAUCUCCGACAAAUAAUUCAGAAACAGAGUCGCCGUUUUCGCAAUUUAUUUCAUUUACUUCAUAUUUAUUAGAAUAUCAAUCUCAAUCUUUAAGAGCUAGUUAUUAUGCGCGACUUGCACUUCUGAUUAUUCAUAUUCUAAUUGAUGACGAUGGAUGUUUCGACUCACUUGUAAAUGAUGCUAAUAGUUCUAUUGUUUAUUUAUGUCGACAAAAACAUCCUUUUCUCCCAUUGAUAAAAACCAAAAGAAUACUUUUAUUAGCAAUUUUUGACGCUCUAAUUUCAAGUUUAGAUCACAAUUUAAAAAGGAAUUUAGAUAUAGAGAAAUACAUUCUUCAAAUUCGAAUAUUAUUAAAUAUUAUCAGUUCACUUGAAAAAAGAAAAUGCAGACUAGAAUAUCAUUGGCAAGAGGUUUGGAAAUUUUUUAUGCAUUUUAUUAUGUUUCUAUUAGCAAAUUCGGAAAUUCUUAAACAAAAUUCUCAUAUUGAAGAGUUAGUUUUGAUUUCAUUUAAUUUCAUUUCUUUGUGUAUAACACGAGGAGAAAAUUUCCUUUUAGAAUUCAAAGAUUUUGAAGAUCUAAUAUAUAAAUUAGUCCAAAAUGGAGAUAUCAUUAGAAAUUUUAUAAAAAUUUAUAAAGUGAAUGCGGCUUCAGCUAAAACUAUUCUUUUAAUUUCUGAAUAUUAUGAAAACCUUUUAAAAAAAUACAAAUCUCACGAACUUUCUCCAAAAAAAGUUAUGGCUAUUAUUAAAGAAGGCUAUGGAAAAUACAGAAUAUAUUAUUCCUUACAAGGAAAUAAAAGAACGGGUUUUCCUUAA